CGCAAAACACAGGAAGUAACCCGGACCUCUCGUGCUGUUUGAACUGUCAAAUAAACUUUAUGUGAAUGUAGGAACAUUUAUUGUUACAAUGUAACAGUUUGUGCCACAGAACGCUCUAAUAUUUCGCGGGAAGCUACGCGACAGGUAGGCAUGUCUCUCAAGGCUCUAUGGAGAUUGUACCAACCCUUGAGGAGGACACAAGCCUGUGGAUUUGCUCACAGAACACAUUAUGGAUUAGACUGUGUCACCAAUUUAAACAGAUCCAUGCUGGCAUGCAGUGCUUCUACACAAAGCUGGAAUAAAAAACAGACACACUGUCACAUUAGUUUACACAAUGUCAGAUUUACAGAUUCCUCAAGACUGCAAAGAGGAGAGUUACAAAGACAAGUUAUGUUUAACUCUAAAAUGCAGAUUCCCUUGCAUUUGAAAUUCAAAACAUGGAGCACACAAAUGAGGCUGCAGUCCACAACCAUUGUCACCAAAUCAGUUCUGAAACAAGGAGGCAUGCCUGGCAAAAGAACCUUGAAGGGACCAAGAACAAAACAGCCAUCUCGAACCAAUCAGCCCAGCCAGGAGGAGGAUAUGAUGCAAUGCAUCGCAUAUGCAACUGCGGACCAGUACCACUUACCUACACUCUGCUACGAUCUCAUCGCUCACGACUUUAUUGAAAUCAAAGAAUUACCCAGGGAUGCUUCUAAUGUUUUGGUGAUGGGAACAGAGAACGCUGCAAAACCAAACGAUAGUGGCACAAUAUUUUUCUUUAGAGAAGGAUCAGUGGUGUUCUGGAACGUUGAAGAGAAAACUGUAAAGACUGUGAUGAGAAUCCUGGAGCAGCAUGAAAUUCAACCAUAUGAAGUUGCUCUGGUCCACUGGGAGAAUGAAGAGAUCAAUUACUCAGUAGGAGAGGGAAAUUCAAAGCUCCAUCGGGGAAACUUUGUGUUUAACGGAGAGCUGGAUUAUGAACAGGUCGUUCUGGAGAAGUUUGCAUUUUCUAAUGCCUUGUCUCUCUCAGUGAAGUUGGCAAUCUGGGAGGUCUCUCUGGACAACUUUGUUGAGUCUAUCCAGUCAAUUCCUGAGAUGCUGAAAUCUGGACAAAGAGUUAAACUGUCUAGGGCUGAAGUUAUGCAGAAAAUAGGGGAGCUCUUUGCUUUGAGGCACUGUAUAAACCUCAGUUCUGACCUGCUGAUCACACCUGAUUUCUACUGGGACAGAGAAGACCUGGAGCAGCUCUAUGACAAGACAUGUCAGUUCCUGAAUAUUAACCGAAGAGUCAAGGUUGUAAAUGAGAAGCUCCAGCAUUGCACUGAACUAACAGACCUUAUGAGGAAUCAUCUUAGUGAGAAACACAGUCUCAGAUUAGAGUGGAUGAUCGUCAUACUCAUCACCAUUGAGGUGAUGUUUGAACUUGCUCGUGUUAUCUUCUGAAGAGGACCCACAGAUACAGUCUUAGAAGAGGAUAAAGUGACUUCAAUCUUUUUGCAAAACAGACAAAUCAUUUGUCCUCUGUAAAUACAUUUCAGUACUCAUGAUCAGUGGUCUGAUCUGUUGUUAUUAUAAAUGUGACAGUGAGACAUGCAAUAAAGAGGAAUGAAGUAUUCACCUAUAAUAGAUGGGCUUCUCUUGUAGUUUUAUAGCCAUAUUUUUGUCAAA